GCAAGCCAGCUAUGUGGAUACAUACUGCUGGGAUUCUCUCAUGCAUCACGAGUUUGAUAGCAAUGGGAAUUUUGAGGAACGCUCCCUUUGGGUCCACAAAAUGUUCCCGUAUUCUCUUCUGGCUAUGGCAGUGUUAAUGUAUCUUCCGGUUCUCAUCUGGCGCCAGCUUGUUGUGCCUUCACUCGGCUCAGACCUGCUAUUCAUAAUUGAUGAACUAGACAAGUCGUAUAACCGCUCAGUUCGAUUGGCUCAGAGCAUCUUGGAUUUGCGCCAGAAUACCAAGAACCCAUUAACUUUUCAGGCAGAACUGCAGAGAGCAAAGAGGAAACGAUACUUUGAGUACCCCCUUCUGGAGAGAUACAUGAAGUGCAAGCAAAACUCCUACUUCCUCGUGAGCAUGCUUUUCCUGCGAGGCUUCCUCCUGCUAACCUUCAUGACCACUGCCUGUCUAUAUCUUGCCUACUUCCACCUGUCCGCCUUCCUGCAGGAUGAGUUCAGCUGUUUUGUGCGUAGUGGCAUGCUACGUGAUAAGAACUGGAUUCCUGAGCUGGUUCAAUGUAAAAUGAUAGGCCAGUUGGUCUUUCAGGUGAUAAGUGUAGCCAAUGGUGCUAUCUAUGUUUUGUUAGCACCAAUUGUCCUCUUCAGUAUCAUUCGGCUCUUUGUUUGGGACACCACCUUCGUCUCCGUAUAUGAGGUUCUUCCAGCCAUGGAUGUUCUCAACCAACGCAGGCUUGGGUGUCCCCUGAAUGACCUGAAUGUGCUCUUCCUCUUUCUGCGGGCCAAUGUUGCACACCUAAAGUCAUAUGGGAAGGUUAGGGCUUUGUGCUCUCUGGCACCGCCAACGGUUGGUCAGACAACAGCAGGACAAGGACUGAAUGCAAUGCUGAGCCAAGAGGAGAUUGAAGAAAGGGAGGAGGCCGCAAUGGAGUUGGCAGAAGAGGUGAAGGAGGCCAAAGAAGAAGGGAAGUUCAACCUUGUGGAUAUCAUGACUAUUCUGGGAGCGGCGCAGGGAAGAAUUGUAAACUGCAACGAAGAGAGGCCAAUGGUGGAGGAGAAUAUGAGUUUUGAGCCAAACCACCAUGGAUACCAUGAGUUGAAGGAGACUGCACCAUUUAGUCAUUACUAGGCCUCCUAUGGACUGAAUCAAUGUGAAAACUUGGGAAGGAAGGCUUUGGACACUCUAAAUUAGUACUAUAUCCACAAAGCAUGUGACACAAAUUCUAGUUUGUCUCAAGAUUCAUGUGAGUGAAGUUAUAAUUACCCUUUUGUACUGAGAAAGUUGACAUUGUUUUUCAUUUAUCCCUCUCUCCCAGCUACUCACAAAUACAACACAUAUAAAAGCUCGGUCAUAUCACAUUGACUCUACUGUGCAGAAAAAACAACACUGAGUCCAAGUUUAAGUAAAAUAGAGGGACAUGAACUUAUUCAGAGUUGUACUCGUUUUCAUGCAUUAAAUUUGAUAAAAUGAGUAAAAUUAUUACGUGAAUUUAAGCUGUGUAUUUAUACUGUGUGAUACUACAUAAACAAUAUUCGAGUCCAUACUGUCUUAUUGUGUUUGAAGGGGUUCAAAGAAUAGCAAGGCAUAUUCCAUGAUGCAAGGAUUUAUUAACAACUGAAGCCAACGAGCUUCUAAAG